AUGGUCUCUUAUCCGCCCUCAGCCGACCGGCAAAGCCAUUCAAGAUCAGCGGGCGUAAAUGGGAGUGCAAAGUCAGAUAGGACUCCGGGGACACCGCGAAGGGAAAGAAAGGAAAAGGCUGUGCAGGAUCCGGGCCUCAAAGACUACCGUCUAGGAGAAUGUCUCGGGAAGGGAGCUUUUGGAUCGGUCUACAAGGCGUUCAAUUGGGGUACAGGGGAAGCUGUGGCUGUGAAGCAAAUCAAGCUGGGAGACCUUCCGAAGAGCGAAUUGCGGAUGAUUGAGGCUGAAAUAGACCUUCUCAAAAAUCUACACCAUGACAACAUUGUCAAAUAUCUUGGUUUCGUUAAGUCUUCGGACUGCUUGAACAUAAUUCUGGAGUAUUGCGAAAACGGCUCAUUACACUCGAUAUGCAAAAGUUAUGGAAAAUUUCCCGAAAAUCUGGUUGGGGUUUACAUGGGACAAAUUCUUCUAGGGCUCCAAUACCUUCACGAUCAGGGUGUUAUCCACAGGGACAUAAAAGGCGCGAAUAUUCUCACGACAAAAGAUGGGAAGGUCAAGCUUGCGGAUUUUGGUGUGUCUACCAGUACUCUUGCUGGAGCAGACAAGGAAGCACAGGUGGUGGGAACCCCAUACUGGAUGGCUCCUGAAAUCAUACAACUUUCUGGUGCAACUCCGGCGUCUGAUAUUUGGAGUUUGGGUUGCACAGUAAUAGAACUGCUUGAGGGCAAGCCACCGUAUCACAAAUUGGCUCCUAUGCCUGCCUUAUUUGCUAUUGUCAAUGAUGACCAUCCUCCUUUGCCUGAAGGAGUAUCACCAGCGGCUCGAGAUUUUCUCAUUCAGUGUUUUCAAAAAGAUCCAAAUUUAAGGGUUUCUGCUCGGAAAUUGUUGAAACAUGCUUGGAUUGUGGGCUCACGGAGGACUGAUGCUCCUGUCGCGAAGCCCCCAGCGAAUUUCAAUGAAGCAGUCGAAGAGGUAAAGCAGUGGAAUGAGGCUCUGAAAUCUCCUGCAGCUGCCGGGUCGUUUCGUACUUCUACGAGGUCGCAGCAGCUUGGUAGCCCUUUACCAGCCCGUCGGGACCCUCCCUUGAGAAAUAUUCACAAUGAUACCCAAAGCAAUAAUAUCGUCACACCCCCCAAGGGCCCCCUCUCUUUGGCGAAACCGAAAAGCUUGGCAAGUUCUUUCAGGUCUCCAGAAACUGCAGGUAAGCGAGUCCCACUGGGAAAUUAUAAAAAUUCCUUGUGGAAACUGACUGUUGAAGCGGAUGAUAAUUGGGACGAUGACUUCGCUUCUUCUAUAUCUCCUAGUGCGCUUCAACUCCCACAUUUGAAGCCUCAUGACAACUUUGGAGGUUUACUUUCCGCUGAUCGCCUGAAGUCUUUCGCAUCGUUUGAAUUCGCAAAUGAUGAAUCCGAUAACUGGGACAAUAAUUUUGAGGGCGAUCUUGUAACAAUCAAAGGGCCCAGCACCCAUGUCGAGACGGACGGCCAUGAACUGGAAACCAUCCGACCUUACAAAAUCAAAGCUCCUGCUAAUAUCGACUUUGUGGAAGACGUUUCCCCUAGAGGUCAUUCGAGGAAGCCGUCUUUACCUCCUCCCCGACCGAAAUCUCCAGUCAAGGCUCGGGCUGAAGGAAAAUUUGCCUUGCCAAUGAGGCCAGCAAUCAUGUAUCGCGAGAAUACCAUAGAUGAUUAUUCAGAUCUUUUCAUUGAUAAUGAUAGUAUUUUUGACAAAAGAUUGGAUAUAAUUAAAGACGACGCUCUUUCUCCAAAACUCUUUCACCCCUCUGACCUGACAAGCAUCCCUCGUGCUGGGCUGUCCCCUACUACAAAUGGAGGUAGUAGUUUGCGAAGAAAGGCAACUCCUAACUCCCAUGACAAUCCAUCUUUGCAUCGCACACACUCGUCAGUCGAGAUACAAAAAUACGCGGAAAAUGAGGACGAUGAAGAUUUUUCAGAUAUCUUUGAUCCACGAGGGGUAGUUGUUCCGAGAGUUGAGUACGAGAAGGGCUCAGAAGAAGCAUUAAUGAUUAAUUCGAAGCUCUCGAAUAAUUCCUGGCUUGGUGAUGAAGAUGAUGAAGAUGACCCUUUCGCAUCGUUGGAGCAAGGUUUCGAUGAGAUGGAUUUGCAAGCCAAUAUUGCCAGAGAUAAACAUGCUCGGCUAUGCGCAUCGGUCGAAGGACUAGUGAGCUCACUUAAAGCUACACAAGCUGAGGAUGUGUUAUCUGAGCUGUCAGAACAACUGCUUGAUGUUUUGUAUGAGUCCGAAGAUGCGAAAAGCAUGAUCAUCAGUGCUCACGGAAUGCUUCCGAUUUUAGAGAUACUAGAACCUUGCACCUUGAAGAGUCGUCAAAGUAUGAUAUUACGAUUACUGAAAGUUGUCAACGCCAUCAUUUCGAACGACGUCGAGAUUCAAGAAAACCUAUGCUUCGUUGGAGGAAUUCCCAUAAUUACGAAGUUUUCUGCUAGGCAAUACUCGAAUGAGAUACGUCUUGAAGCUGCUGCUUUUGUAAGACAAAUGUACCAGACCUCGACAUUGACACUCCAAAUGUUUGUUAGUGCAGGUGGUUUGAAUGUUCUUGUCGAAUUUCUUGAUGAAGAUUAUGAUGAUGCUAGGGACCUGGUUCUCAUCGGUGUUAAUGGUAUUUGGAAUGUGUUUGAGCUCCAGGGACCAACUCCAAAGAACGACUUCUGCCGUAUAUUCUCGAGAAGCAAGAUCUUAUCCCCAUUGGCCCUCGUCUUGGAUCGUGUGUUGGAUGAAGAGGAUGAGCUUUCCGAACUUAUUGAGGGACGCAUCGUUAAUAUAUUCUAUCUUUUUUCACAAGCAGAAAACUAUGUCAAGGAGGUCGUAGCUGAUCAUGUAGUACUCAAACGGGUUCUCAAGGAUCUGAGACGUAUGACACCAGUGCAUCAGAUCACCAUGCUCAAGUUUAUCAAAAAUCUAUCCAUGUUAUCGACAACCCUCGAAUCAUUACAUGCCGCAAACGCCAUUGAAUUGUUGAUCGACUUACUGAGCUCAAGUAUGAAGCGCACGUCUGCUCAUUUCCGCGAAAUCUCUAAUCAAGUCCUAAAUACUAUGUAUAAUUUAUGUCGACUCAGUAAAGAGCGACAGGAGGACGCAGCUUUUAACGGCAUAAUACCAUUACUUCAACGAAUUAUGAAAACGAAACGCCCUCCGAAGGAGUUUGCCCUACCUAUAUUAUGUGAUAUGGCGCAUUCCGGGAAAGUCGGACGUAAAUAUCUUUGGCAGAACAAGGGUUUACAGUUUUAUGUUUCAUUAUUGGAAGACCAAUAUUGGCAGGUCACCGCUCUGGAUGCUAUAUUCAUUUGGCUCCAAGAAGAGACUGCCAGGGUCGAAAAGGCUUUACUGGAGGGUGAUUUUACCACCAUGAUAGUGCAAUGUUUUGCUGCACCUAAGGCAAAUGCCUUCGACUAUAAUUUACUGGAGCCCUUACAGAAGCUUUUACGGUUGAGCUCGCCUAUAGCCGGUUCUCUUACUCGGACUGAUCUCUUCACUGGUAUCUUACAGAAGCUCAACCAUAAAAAGGCUGUUGUGCGUCUGAAUUUGUUACGUAUCGUUCGCAGCAUAUGCGAUGCUAGUGGUGACGAAGCAGAAAGCAUCAGGCAUCAUGCUUUAUUCGAAGUCAUCCAGCAUCUUUCUGAAAAUGAUAGUGCUGUAUUGGUAAGGAACAUGGCAAGCGAAUUGGUCAAGUUCAAUAUGGAGAAAGCUUCGGAGAACGGAAGUGGUUCAAGGUCUCGGUUGACUUCGAGACGUGGAAGUUCUUUUACACCACCUUCGCUUUCGCAUAGUGUAUCAUCGACCCCUUUAACGCCGACUCAAGCUAGUCGAAUGUCACAAACAUCAGCAUUUAUUGAUGGAAGUAUCACACCUCAUAGACGCACGGCUAUCACAUCGGCGGCAUCUAGUACUGAAUCCCUUCUUUAUCGACCCAGAACCACAGAGGGCACAACUACCAUAUUGCGAAAAACGAGCGGUGAUUUGACGAAUGGGGGGCCGAUCAGCAAAAGUCGGUUACCUCGAACGUCACUACUUCGUACAUCACGGUCAUCGAUAGCGGCGCCGCAGCUCAGGGAUGACCCGUCGCAGCUUAGGAGGGAAAAUAGGGAAAAUGGAGUUAGAAUAAGAGAGCGAGAGCGAGAGCGUGAGCGUGAGCGUGAGCGUGAGCGUGAGCCGACAAGACCUACGACUUCGAGUACGGCUGGUGGGCUAGAGCCUAAGUUGAAUUCGAGGAGAAGAACAGCGAGGCCGCCUAGUGGUGAUAUUAAAUGGUCAUGA